CGUCGAAGGGCCGACGUCUCUUCGUGCGUCCCUUUCACCGUUGGAAACGCACGUCGCGACGACCACCUGCCAACACGAAUCUCCCGCGGUUCCCAUCCCGGCAUGUAACAAGUUUCAUUCGAGUCAGUGAACGGCGUCCAGGCGAAGCGUAAACAUGGGACCGAUAUCUGUUCUGUGUCUGUUUGUGUAUGUUAGUGCUUCCGUGUGUGGAUACUCGUGGCCCAGUGAGGAGACCACCACGCGCUCGUCCCAGUCCAAGGAUUUUCACAGCGAUCCCCUGGUGGUGGAGACCACCACCGGUUUGGUUCGUGGAUUUUCUAAGACAGUGCUCAGUCGUGAGGUGCACGUCUUCACCGGGAUCCCGUUCGCGAAACCACCGAUCGAACAGCUGAGAUUUAGGAGACCGGUCCCCAUAGAUCCCUGGCAUGGAAUACUCGAGGCCAACAAACUGCCCAAUUCUUGUUACCAGGAACGUUAUGAGUACUUCCCGGGAUUUGAGGGUGAGGAGAUGUGGAAUCCUAACACAAACAUAUCGGAGGACUGUCUGUACUUGAAUAUUUGGGUGCCACAGCGCUUGCGCAUUCGACACCACGCCGACAAACCUCCUCAGGAACGACCGAAAGUUCCCAUCUUGAUUUGGAUUUAUGGCGGAGGCUACAUGAGCGGUACUUCAACUUUGGACAUAUACGAUGCAGACUUGAUCGCGGCUACAAGCGAUGUUAUUGUAGCAUCGAUGCAGUACCGCAUCGGGUCAUUUGGAUUUUUAUACCUCAACAAGUACUUUCCCAGAGGUAGCGAAGAAGCUCCUGGAAACAUGGGCAUGUGGGACCAAGCAAUGGCCAUACGUUGGAUCAAAGAAAACGCAGUCGCUUUUGGCGGCGAUCCGGACCUAAUUACGCUCUUCGGGGAGUCCGCAGGUGGCGGCUCGGUGAGCCUUCAUCUAAUUAGUCCUGUAACCAAAGGCCUAGCUAAAAGAGGCAUACUCCAAUCAGGCACUAUGAAUGCGCCCUGGAGCUACAUGACUGGCGAAAGGGCUGAACAAAUUGGCAGAAUAUUGGUGCAGGACUGUGGCUGUAAUGUUUCUUUGUUGGAGACGCAGCCUCAUCAAGUAAUGGACUGUAUGAGGGCGGUCGAUGCAAAAACCAUCUCCUUGCAGCAAUGGAACUCUUACACGGGAAUUUUGGGUUUUCCCUCAACACCUACAAUUGAUGGGGUCUUUCUCCCAAAGCAUCCGAUGAAAAUGUUAGCUGAAGGGGAUUAUGAAGAUAUGGAGAUCUUGUUGGGAAGUAACCACGACGAAGGAACAUACUUUCUACUUUACGACUUUAUCGACUUCUUCGAGAAAGAUGGACCCAGUUUCUUGCAGAGAGACAAAUACCACGACAUCAUCGAUACAAUAUUCAAAAAUAUGACCAGGCUGGAACGUGACGCCAUCGUUUUUCAGUACACUGACUGGGAGCACGUAAAUGAUGGCUACUUAAAUCAAAAAAUGGUCGGUGAUGUGGUCGGAGAUUACUUUUUCAUAUGUCCAACCAACGAUUUUGCCGAAUUAGCCGCCGAUCGAGGAAUGAAGGUCUACUACUAUUUCUUCACUCACAGGACGAGCACGUCCCUGUGGGGCGAGUGGAUGGGGGUCAUGCAUGGGGACGAGAUCGAGUACGUGUUCGGUCAUCCGCUCAACUUGUCGCUGCAAUUCAACUCCAGGGAACGGGAGCUCAGCCUCAAGAUAAUGCAGGCAUUCGCCCGAUUCGCAGCCACCGGGAAACCAGUGACGGACGAUGUAAAUUGGCCGCUGUACACAAAGGAACAGCCUCAAUAUUUUAUUUUCAACGCGGAGAAAAACGGCAUCGGCAAAGGACCACGUGCGACGGCCUGCGCUUUCUGGAACAACUUCUUGCCCAAACUCAGGGACAAUCCAGAUUCGGCUGAUCCACCAUGCGUAAACACUUACUUAAGCAAGAUCUCGUCGUCACAAAGGGCAACGACGCACACAAACCUGCUGCUCGCCCUCAUCGUGCUCAUGUCCUCCUUGAGCGCCUUAUAGACGGAUCCGCUGAUUCCUAUGGAAAGGUAUAGAGGUGCGGUCUAAAAGAAAUAAUUUCAAUUAAACCAGUACAUUGUAGAAGACAACCACACACUAAACAGUAGAACUGCUUCUGACACCUAUACCAAAAAAAUAAAACUACUUCCGAGCUGAUUUUCAGUAAGCAAAAUGCGUAAAAAAACCGCGAAGAUAUUAGAGUUUACCUAAAUUGUAUGUAUACUAUGAGGGAAUGUUGAGAUGUAGAGGAUUUAGAUAGAGUUACCGUUAAGUUUUUUUUUUAAUUUUAAUUUUAGGUGGUUUGUAUGUGGGUGUUUGUUUGUUUCCGAUCAAUUACACUGAGUUUGUUAAAAAAUAAAUGUUCUAAAUGUGUGUUGUUGUAUUCUUGCCAAUUAUAUUACACAUCAAAAAUAAUAAUAAAAGUGUUUUUUAGUUUCAAUAUAUAUUGAAUUUGAAAAAUAAAAUUACUAAACUCAUUAAUUAACAGCAAAAAGCUCUCAAUAGUUUACGAAAAUAAUAAAAAUAUGUAUAAUUUUAUAUAUUAUGCAGUAUGGAACAACCAAGCGGAAUAAAUUCAUCAUUUUAAUUAUUCAUAUUAAUAAAAAUGUCUGAAAUUUUAGAAGAAUUUUAAGUCUCCAUUGAACCCCUUUGAUUAACAGUUG